AUGCCGCGCGGUAAAUCCUUAACGGCUGAAGAAAAAGGAAAAAUUGCGGGCCUGCAUGAUGCUCAGUGGUCGAUACGCCGCAUUGCCAAGCAUCUAGGCAGGUCCGCAAAAGUAGUAGCUAACUACUUGAAAGCCCCCGAGCUCUACGGAACAAAAAAAAGGAGCGGGAGGAAGUCUACGCUGUCUGCGCAGGCAAAAAGGGCGCUGAUCCGAGAGGCACACAAGGGAGAAAUGACAUCAACAGAACUUGUCAAGACACUCCAGCUCCCUGUUAAGUCCAGCCGCAUGCGUGCAAUACUCAGCAGCACUCCCACCCUUGGGUAUAUGCGCAGGGCACGCGCACCAAUGAUGCUUCCGCGCCACAAAAUCGCGCGAGAAAGUUGGGCUCGAGAUAAGGUGACCUGGACGCCUGGUGAUUGGGCAAAUGUAGUCUGGUCUGACGAGAAGAAGUUUAAUCUCGACGGAUCAGACGGCUUCGCGUUUCAUUGGCAUGACUUACGAAAGGAUAGAAAGGUUUUUUCAAAGCGGCAGCAAGGGGGUGAUUCGGUGAUGGCUUGGGGUGCGUUUGCUGGGAAAAAGAAGUGUGACUUGGUCGUUUUAGAAGGGAAGCAGAAUGCGCUCAAGUAUAUUCAGACUCUCGAGACCAAUCUCCUUCCUUUUGUUGAUCAAGAGCUCGGUCCUAGCUGGACGUUUAUGCAAGAUUGUGCAGCUGUACACCGUGCUAAUCGCGUUUACGAAUGGUUUGAAGAGGAGGAAGUGCACGUUAUGGACUGGCCUGCCAAGUCCCCUGACCUCAACCCUAUAGAAAACCUUUGGGGGAUCUUGGCAAGGAAAGUGUACGCACAUGAAAGGCAGUUUAAUAAUAUCGAUGAGCUACUCGAAUGUAUAAUGGACUGCUGGGAAAAUAUCAACACUGAGACGUUGGAUAAGUUAGUAGGGAGCAUGCAGAAGCGUUGCUUUGACUGUGCGAUGGCCAAAGGUGGCACUACGAAGUACUGA